AUGAAGGUGACUUACAAACAUGCCCAUCGACGAGCGGUGGUGUCGUUGUAUAGGAGUCUUCGACGGAACUGUGGCAAAAUAGACGAUAAUGUGAAAGAGAUGGAUCCAAGAAUGGAGUCUGAGGUGGUUAAAGGUUUUGCAUUGAAGGAGGAAAUAAGAAAAUAUAAUACUGAUACCAAGCUCUACCUUUCGUAUCUCCGAGCUGAACUUAUGAGAGCAGUUCAGGUAGAGUUUAGAACCGGGAAAUGGUCUAUUGGAGUCACCAAUGUGAAUAUAAUGAGAGAACGAUUAAUGGAGGGAAUUGAGUUGGAUGAGAAUUUGGAUGCAUUGAAUAAUAAGAGCACUACCGUGGUACCAGUGAUGGAAACCCUUGUUAAAUACCGUCAGCGUAAGCAUGAGGAACAAAAACGACGAGCACAGCAACUACAAGGUAAAUUGGAAACGGAGCAGGUCACAAAGAAGGAUCAAAGGGUAAUAUCAUCGCGGUUUGGCACACUCACAAGAAACCAACAAGCCAAACGAAUUAAACAGGAACUUGAAAAGAGUGCUCACAACUCCAAACUACUCAUUCAAAGGUAUUUCAAACAACUACAAUUGCAUCACAAGAUCCCAAACCCAUUCCUUUUACCCUACACUCAAGAAUACCCCUUGGGUCCAGUGCAUAACAUGGUUAGAAGUUCGCUUCUUAUGCGUGGCUCGGUGCGAAUGAGUGUUCUCCGCCAGGCAUACGAUUGGGAGUACAUCGAGGCUGUGGUCAAGCCUUCAUUAGCAUACGAUAUCAACAAAAUGCAUUAUCUUCCAAGAUUUCAAAGAAUCUUGAAUGACCGAGGGCCGUUCCGGGUCAAUGUCCGCACCACUGAAGCUGGGCCCAUGCUGAUGGCAUACCUAGAGGUCCCCUUCCCUCAAUUGGACGAAUUGAAAGAAAUCGCCAUGGAUAUCAAACGUCUGACCCGAUUAAUCCGAUUGAAAACUGUGUGGAAUGCAACAUCGGGAAAGGACAAAAGUAUCACUGAACUGCAAGCGCGGGACGGGAGCUUUGUCGUGGUGGGGAGUAAAGGGUUUAGUUCUGAAGAAAGAAUGUUCCCACGAGUGCAUUACGAAGAAUGGGCAGAAUGGGAAGCCUUAUGGGAAUGGCAGCAAGAUAAUCUGAACAACUUUGCUCAACAUCUUCAUUCAUGGACGCAAGUGUUGGAUGAUGCUAGUGAUACGAUUGAUAAAGAACUUCAAAAUUAUUUCAACCAUUAUAGGAAACAACUUCAACGAGAUUCUCCACUUUUCAUUCAACAAAAAGAGUUGCAGAAGGACAUGAAUAUUCAUUAUGAUAAACUCGUUGAACGUGGGAAACGGUUAGAGUCUAGCUUGGUCAAUAACUCGGUAUUCAAACACGGAGAGAUUGUCAAUGGUGAGAAAGUAGAGCAGAAUCUUAGAAACCUUGUAGUUCGAGAAGAACGCAAGAAAAUGAAGAAGAACCGUUUAUCACUUCCUGAGCGAGAAAGAAACGGUGUAGGGAAACAGUUGGGAGAUUACCUUGAAGAAAAUGGAAUAAGGGGUUUCCAAUGGGGCCACAAAUAUGAUAAGGAGCUUCCCCGCUAG